AUGAAGACCUUUCUCUUCCUGGUUCUCCUUGGAGCAGCUGCUGCUAUCCCCACUAAUGGUAAUAAUGACAAGAUUAUUGGAAGCCUCACAUGUAAGAACAACUCUGUCCCCUACCAGGUGUCCCUGAAUGCUGGCUACCACUUGUGUGGAGGCUCCCUCAUCAGUGACGAAUGGGUACUGACUGCUGCUCACUGCUACAAGCCCCAACUACAGGUCCGUCUGGGAGAAUUCAACAUUCAUGAAAUUAAGGGUGAUGAGCAAUUCAUCAAUGCAGCCAAGAUCAUCCCUCAUCCCAACUACGACAAUGACACCAUUGAUAAUGACAUUAUGUUGAUUAAACUGAACUCCCCAGCCACCAUCAACUCUCAUGUGUCCACUGUCUCUCUGCCAAGCUCCUGUCCAUCAGUUGGUACUGAGUGCCUUGCAUCAGGCUGGGGUGACACAGUAAGCACUGGACGUAACUUCUCUUCAGAUCUUCAUUGUUUGAAUGCUCCCAUCCUGUCAGACUCUGUUUGCCACAGUGCCUACCCACAUCAAAUCACAAGCAACAUGUUCUGUAUCGGCUUCCUAGAUGUGGAAUACGACACUUGCCAGUAUGACUCCGGUGGUCCCAUGGUCUGCAAUGAACAACUCCAAGGUAUCGUCUCCUGGGGCAAUAGCUGCAGUGGCAAAGGGAAACCUAGUGUCUACACCAGAGUGUGCAACUACCUGGGCUGGAUUCGGCAGACCAUUGAUGCCAACUAA